UUCUCUUCCAGUGAUCAGACAGUGGAUUAGCUUCCCUCUACAUGUUGUUAUGUUAUUGUAAUCCUCAUUGCUUUGUACUCAGAUAAUUAUUUCUACAAUGAUGUUGGAUGAGGACAGUGUAGACAGUAACGUAAAGGUGGAGGGUAAGCAGAUGGAGGUAAAAAAACAGUUGGCAUUGGUAACUCUCCAUAAUUCAUAUGAUGGGCCACCAAGCUUGGAUUCUGGGGCUCCCAGUGCAAGAGAUUCUCAGGAGAAGGAUGAAGAGAAUACCAGGAUAGAAGUGAUUGUCACAGAGCCUGGGGUCUCCAAAAAGCAGGGUUCAAGAAAUGGCAUUCCCAAGAGGAGCCGUACCCCACCAACAGAAAAAACAAAUUUUGCUUUCAACAACCAGGGUUAUGAAGGCAGUCAACAUGACCUGACCUCGUCAUCUUCUGUGGUGAUAGGAAUUGUAGGCAUGACAUGCCACUCAUGUGUUCAGUCGAUUGAAGGAAGAAUCUCCAAGCUGCCAAGCAUAAUUAGCAUUAAGGUCUGCCUGGAUCAAAACAAUGCCACUGUAUACUACAUCCACUCAGAAAUAACCCCUCAGAAGAUCUGUGAAGAGAUAGAAGACAUGGGCUUUGAUGCUAACAUACAAGAGAUGAUGGCACCACUGAAGGGCAUGAGUUACAAAGAAGAGGUGAUCAAGAUCAGGAUAGAGGGCAUGACGUGUCAGUCUUGUGUCAACACGAUUGAAGGGAAAAUUGGGAAACUUCAAGGUGUACAAAAAAUAAAGGUGUCCCUUACAGGCCAAGAAGCAGUCAUUGUGUAUGAUCCACUGUAUAUUCAACCAGAAGAGCUUAGGAAUCAUAUAGAUGAUAUGGGAUUUGUAGCUUCUCUUAGGAGUAAACCUGACCCAUUAAAGCUUGGAACAAUUGACAUUAAACGUUUGCAAACUGUUCCUACACAAUGUAAGGUUUCAGACUCUGGUGGCGCUGUCGGUGAUGGUCAAACAGCAGUAAUGACUAUUGGUAUAGAAGGGAUGCACUGCAAAUCUUGUGUCCACAAUAUUGAAGGGUCCAUAUCUGACCUUUCCGGUGUUCAGAGUGUAAAAGUCUCUCUUGAGAACAAAAAUGCUCUUUUAUGUUUCUUUAAAAAUGUUACUAACCUAAUUACUGUGAAAGAGGCAAUUGAAGCACUUCCUCCUGGAAAUUUCAAGGUUAUCCUUCCAUUGGAAGAACAUUUGAGCCACGCAACAAAGUUAAAAUCUAAGUAUCAUUCUUCCUAUAAACAAGGCCCCCAAACGGUUACCAGCAUGGCCUCAAUCAGCAUUAUAGGAAUGACCUGUGGAUCUUGUGUGUCCUCAAUUGAAAAUAUGAUCUCUCAGAGAAAAGGAGUGCUGUCCAUAUCUGUUUCUUUAGCUGAAGCAGUUGGAAAGAUUUACUAUAUUCCAAGUGAAACAAAUGCAGAGGAGUUAAGGGCCGCCAUAGAAGACAUGGGGUUUGAUGCUACACUUGUGUCUGAUUCUUCAGUGCCAAUACCUGGCAGCCAGACGGAACCUGACACAAGGCAGAAUUCCGUAGCAAUGUUGAAGGAACUGACUGCACAUCAAGAUUAUAUUUUGGAUGUUAUCCCUAAGAAGCCAAACCCAGAUAUUGACCUUCCUCUGAGCGAUAACACCGAACCACAGAAAUGUGUUUUACAGAUUACGGGGAUGACAUGUGCUUCCUGUGUGUCCAACAUUGAGAGGAAUCUGAAGAAGAAAUAUGGUAUUGUUUCUGUGCUGGUGGCACUGAUUGCUGGUAAAGCAGAGGUCAGAUACAUAGAAGAAUUGAUUGAACCAAACGAGAUUGCACAACUUAUUGAAAACCUGGGGUUUGGAGCAGUAGUAUUGGAAGACUGCACUGCUACACAUGGUAGUAUUGAGCUAGUGAUUACAGGUAUGACCUGCGCAUCAUGUGUUCAUAACAUUGAAUCCCGACUGAUAAGAAUGCCAGGUGUCCUACAGGCCUCCGUAGCUCUGGCUACCUGUAAAGCACAAGUCAAGUUUGAGCCAGAAGUUGUUGGCCCAAGAGACAUCAUUCAAGUGAUUGAGGGAAUUGGAUUCCGAGCAUCUUUGUCCAAAAGAGAUCCCAGAGCCCAUAACCUGGACCAUAAACAGGAAAUAAAGCAGUGGAAAAGCUCCUUUUUAUGCAGCCUUUUUUUUGGUAUCCCCGUCAUUGUUAUCAUGAUUUACAUGUUAUUUACCCACAACAAAGAAAAGCCAUCGGCACUGGAUACAAACAUUAUCCCUGGGCUAUCCAUCAUGAACCUCAUCUUCUUUAUUCUUUGUUCUCUGGUCCAGUGCCUUGGAGGAUGGUACUUCUAUGUGCAGGCCUACAAGUCUCUAAAGCACAAGUCAACCAACAUGGAUGUUCUGAUAGUCCUGGCGACCACCAUUGCGUACAUUUAUUCCGUGGUUAUCCUGAUCGUGGCCAUGUUAGAGAAGUCCGAUCAGAGCCCAGAGACCUUCUUCGAUACACCCCCCAUGCUGUUCAUGUUUAUUGCUCUGGGGAGAUGGCUUGAGCACAUAGCCAAGGGUAAAACAUCGGAGGCUCUCGCUAAGCUGAUAUCUCUGCAAGCUACAGAGGCGACUGUUGUCACACUUGGACCAAAUUUCUCAGUUGUAAGGGAGGAGCAGAUGGCUGUAGAGUUGGUACAGAGAGGAGAUGUGGUGAAGGUGGUACCUGGUGGCAAGUUUCCAGUUGAUGGGAAAGUCAUUGAUGGGACUUCUAUGGCAGAUGAAUCUCUUAUCACAGGUGAGCCUAUGCCUGUCAGAAAAAAGCCAGGCAGCAUUGUCAUUGCUGGGUCCAUUAAUGCCCAUGGCUCUGUGCUGGUUGAGGCAACUCAUGUGGGUUCUGACACCACCUUGGCACAAAUUGUGAAGUUAGUGGAAGAAGCUCAGAUGUCCAAGGCACCGAUCCAACAGCUGGCUGAUAAAAUCAGUGGAUACUUUGUUCCUUUCAUAAUUAUUGUUUCCAUUGUCACACUGAUUUGCUGGAUCGCAGUUGGCUUUCUUAACUUUGAUAUCAUAAUCAAAUAUUUUCCAGGUUAUAGCAAAAUAAUAUCUAAGGCUGAAGUGAUCAUCCGGGUGGCGUUUCAGACUUCCAUCACUGUGCUGUCUAUUGCCUGCCCUUGUGCCCUGGGCCUGGCCACACCCACUGCGGUGAUGGUAGGUACUGGAGUAGCUGCACAAAAUGGCAUCCUCAUCAAAGGCGGAGGACCGCUAGAAAUGGCACACAAGAUAAACACAGUGAUGUUUGAUAAGACCGGCACAAUAACACAUGGGGUCCCCAAGGUUAUGAGAGUGCUGCUACUUAGCGAUACGUCGCGGAUCCCCCUGAAAAGAAUGCUUGCCGUGGUGGGGACAGCAGAGGCCAGCAGUGAACAUCCCCUGGGAAUGGCUGUUACUAAGUACUGCAAAGAGGAGCUUGGUACAGAAUCUCUGGGUUAUUGUUCGGACUUCCAGGCUGUUCCAGGAUGUGGGAUCCUUUGUAAAGUGAACAAUGUGGAAAGUGUCCUGGUGCAGAGUGAAGAGGGUCUGAAUGAGCACAAUGUUUACAAAAGUGGACUUGGCCAUUCGCAGGAUGGUAGCAGUUUGAUCAUUACACCUGAAUUACAAGGUGCCAGCGCCCCAGAACCUCACUCUGUAUUAAUUGGGAACCGGGAAUGGAUGAGACGCAAUGGGCUUAAUAUUUCUCACGAUGUAGAUGAUGCUAUGACUAGCCAUGAGAUGAAAGGACAGACCGCAGUGCUGGUUGCUAUAGAUGGCGCAUUGUGCGGAAUGAUUGCAAUCGCAGACACUGUGAAGCAGGAAGCCGCCCUUGCUGUGCACACUUUAAAGGCUAUGGGAGUGGAUGUUGCACUGAUAACUGGUGAUAACAGGAAGACUGCGAAAGCUAUUGCUACCCAGGUUGGGAUCCAGAAGGUGUUUGCAGAAGUUCUUCCCUCUCACAAGGUAGCCAAAGUCCAAGCACUGCAGGACGAGGGCAAGAGAGUUGCCAUGGUGGGCGAUGGUGUCAAUGACUCCCCAGCAUUGGCUAGAGCCGAUAUUGGUAUCGCCAUUGGGACUGGAACUGAUGUGGCCAUCGAAGCUGCGGAUAUUGUUCUCAUCAGGAAUAAUUUGCUUGAUGUGGUUGCUAGCAUUCAUCUCUCAAAGAGGACAGUGAGAAGAAUAAGAGUUAAUUUCGUGUUUGCCCUGAUAUACAAUCUUCUUGGUAUUCCCAUUGCGGCAGGUGCAUUCCUGCCUCUGGGGUUGGUGCUACAGCCAUGGAUGGGAUCAGCAGCAAUGGCAGCUUCCUCUGUCUCUGUGGUUUUAUCAUCAUUACAGUUGAAGUGCUAUACUAAGCCAGACUCCGACACAUAUGAAGCCCAAGCCCAAGGCCACAUGAAACCUCUCACACCAUCACAGAUAAGUGUCCAUGUUGGAAUGGAUGACAGGAGAAGAGAAAUAUCCAGUAAUUGGGACCAGAUCAGUUACAUAAGCCAAGGGUCUGCAAACAAAAUCUCUCGACAGAAUUCUCAACAGUCAACAGGAGAGAGACUGGAUAAAUGGUCUAUCCUCAUCAAUGAAGCUGAUGAGGACCAGUACAUAUAAAACCACCAGUUAAAGGUGUAAAAACACAUUGACUUGUCGAUCACUGGAGAUAUGCUGGGAAGCAGCCUUUCCAUUUAUAUUGCUCUUAAUCGAAAAAAGACGCUGUUCCACUUAAAAAAGCCACUGUUUC